GUUAGCUCACGGCCAAAGCUAAUUACACUUAGCAUGGCGUCAGACACAAGUGACACAGAGGAGUUCUACGAUGCCCCGGAGGACGUCCAUUUCUCCCCAUCUCCCAAAGUGUCUCCUGCCAAGUUUUUCGGCCAUUUGCCUCAGGAGUCUGUGGUCCCCACCCAGGAAGAGACUAGCAGAUCAUCGCCGUCAGAACCCCAAGAUGAUUCCCUUCAGAUAAUCGACAGCAUCAUAGAGGAGAGCCAGAAAGGGAGUGCCGGGGAGGUGGACCAGCUGUUGGAGCGGCUCCACGUGGAUGUGAGGCCCGCGCCGGAGGUCCCAGAUGAGGGGGUCUCAACGGUGGAGGUGGACGGGCCGGUGGCGGACCCCGAGCCCAGGGGACUCCCGGACGAGGCGCAGGUGUCUGACGGGGUCGGGGUGGUGUUUGGCUUCCCCUCCCCCCUCCUGGCCUCCGACCUCCCAGACAUCCCCCUCCUCCCCCAGGAACACAGCCAGGGCCCGGACGUCACGCGCACCCUGGAGCGCCACGCACCCCUCCCCCCGCUCCCCACCUCUGUGGGAGGGGGCGAGCGGGUGCACCGACCGGCGGACAUUUUGGACCAGGUGCCUCUCUCUGACCAGGCGUAUUCGGACUCCUCGGUUCCCUCCAAACCGCCGCGGCAGUUGGCCGCGGAGCCAGACAUUGUGGCGAGCACCAAGAAGCCCCCUCCCUCGAGACCCCCUCCUCCCGGCUCCUUCCCGCCCCCCAGACCCCCGCCCCCGUCCUGGCAGACCCUGACGCUCGGCAAGCGCAGCCAGGAGGCCCGGCCCGGCGGAUUGGAAGCAGGGCUUCCCCCACCCGUGGACUCUCUGGAGUCGUCUGGCCUGCUGUCUCCCAGCAGCACGGUGCGGGGCAUCACCCGGGAGCUGCAGCACUCCCUGGACCUCGCCAGCGCCACCAGCGGGGAGAAGGUGGUGACGGCCCGGGAGAACGAGGGGGAGCAGGCCUCAACACCCAGCGGAGAACACGCCCCCGGACCCCAGCGGCCACGCUCCAACUCUGGCCGAGAGCUGACCGAUGACGAGAUCCUGGCCAGCGUGAUGAUCAAGAACCUGGACACGGGGGAGGAGAUCCCUCUGAUCCAGGCGGAGGAGAAGCUCCCGGCGGCCAUCAACCCCCUCACGCUCCACAUCAUGAGGAGGACCAAGGAGUACAUAACUAACGACGCAGCGCAGUCGGAUGACGACGACAAGGCUUCGGCCGCCAUGUCGGACACAGACGGCGGGAAACUCAAACAGAAGACGACGCAGCUGAAGAAGUUCCUGGGCAAGUCUGUGAAGAGAGCCAAGCAUCUGGCAGAGGAGUACGGAGAGAAGGCGGUGAACAAAGUGAAGAGCGUCCGCGACGAAGUAUUCCACACGGACCCUGACGACCCUUCCUCCAGCGACGACGAGGGCAUGCCCUACACGCGGCCCGCCAAAUUCAAGGCGGCGCACAGUUUCAAGGGACCCUUCGACUUUGAUCAGAUAAAGGUCGUCCAGGACCUCAGUGGGGAACACACGGGGGCGGUCUGGACCAUGAAGUUCUCCCACUGUGGCCGGCUACUGGCCACCGCGGGCCAGGACAACGUGGUGCGCAUCUGGGUUUUGAAAAACGCCUUUGACUACUUCAACAACAUGAGGAUCAAGUACAACACUGAAGGCCGCGUGUCGCCGUCCCCUUCUCAGGAAAGCAUGUGCUCGUCUAAAUCGGACACGGAUCCUGGGGCCAACGGGGGUCCUGAAGACCCCGACUCGGAGGACCGUAACGCCCCAUUCCGCCAGAUCCCCUUCUGCAAGUACAAGGGCCACACCGCUGACCUGCUGGACCUCUCCUGGUCCAAAAACUUCUUCCUGCUCUCGUCGUCGAUGGACAAGACAGUCCGCCUGUGGCACAUCUCCAGGAGAGAGUGUCUGUGCUGCUUCCAGCACAUUGACUUCGUCACGGCCAUCGCCUUCCACCCCAGAGACGACCGGUACUUCCUGAGCGGCUCGCUGGACGGGAAGCUGAGGCUGUGGAACAUUCCAGACAAGAAGGUGGCGCUGUGGAACGAGGUGGACGGGCAGACGCGACUCAUCACCGCCGCCAACUUCUGCCAGAACGGGAAGUACGCCGUGAUCGGGACGUACGACGGACGCUGCAUCUUCUACGACACCGAGCGUCUGAAGUACCACACCCAGAUCCACGUCCGCUCCACCAGGGGAAGGAACAGGGUGGGCCGCAAGAUCACCGGCAUCGAGCCCCUGCCCGGAGAGAACAAGAUCCUGGUGACGUCCAACGACUCGCGCAUCCGCCUGUACGACCUGCGCGACCUAUCCUUGUCCAUGAAGUACAAGGGCUACGUCAACAGCAGCAGCCAGAUCAAGGCCAGCUUCAGCCACGACUACUCCUUCAUCGUCAGCGGCUCGGAGGACAAGUACGUUUAUAUCUGGAGCACGUACCACGACCUGAGCAGGUUCACCCCCGUUCGGCGCGACCGCAAUGACUUCUGGGAAGGGAUUAAAGCGCACAACGCCGUGGUGACCUCGGCCGUGUUCGCUCCCCACCCCGCCCUCAUCGUCCCCCCGGAGACCCCCACGGAGACGCCUGAGGCAGAGAGCCAGGACCUGGACGACACACACUCUGAGACUAUUCCCUCAGGGGCUCUGAAGACGGACCACACCGAGGUCCUGGUCUCGGCCGACUUCACGGGCGCCAUCAAGGUCUUCGUCAACGUGAAGAAGUACUGAGCUCCGGGGCUUGGCGGUCCUCCUCACCCCCCUCCCCCCCCUCCACCACCACCACCACCACCACCACCACCACCACCACGGCGGCUCCUGGUGUCCAGUCCCACAGAUGAAGAGCAGACCGGCCCUCAGGGGGGCCCACACCUAACGGCCGCCCCCCCCGGCCAACGCUCUGACGUGGGCAACUGGCCCAGACCGGCCCCUUGGAAGGAAAAGCCCCCAGACUCCCACCGAUGGAGAGGUCUGGCCCAGGUGGAGAGAUGUGGACUCUAAAACAUAGAAGAUACGAGUGAUUCCCUCUUUUCACGUUUCUAUAUAUAUAUAUAUAUAUAUAUAUAUAUAUAUUUUAUUUCUCUCCUCUGUCUCUCUCUCUCUCUCUCUGCUCUCUCUUUUCAGUACCAAACAACUGUGAACUAUGUUCAGCGUCGAAAGUGUGCACUGUACCCGAGUUGGUGACGAACGGAAGUGCAUACAGCCAUAGGUUUUCAGUGUGUUUCUUCUAGCUGCAUUGCUUUAAGCCCGCCGCGAUGGCUAACUGGGUGCAGCAGCUUUUCACAGCAGACCACGGGGCACUCUGACCGGUAGACACCAGGAACCCCCCCCCCCCCACCGCACACACAGCCCCAGGCCGGCACUUAAGUAUUUAAAGUACAGAUCUUAAUGUCUUUGUGGAAGAGAUAUUGUGUUAAGUUGUCUUAUCUGGAACGGUUGGUCACUUUAACUGUAUUAUUGUUAUUAUUUACAAGAUCGUAUUGUGCCUGCAAAACAAAUGUUUUAAGAUUUUGGUCGGUUGGUUUAUUGGGUCCCCGAGCCAGUUUAACUGGCGGGAGAAGAGAAGGUAAACUUGUAUUUUGCGGUUACUAAUGACUAGGGCUCGGUAUCUCAAGUGUUUUGAUGCCUUUCUUUGAAUUAAAGCACAUUUCACUAUAUGGUAAUUUAUUUACAUUUGCACAUACUGUCCGCUUUUUUAAAUAGAAAAUCAGGACCUGCUCUACUUUCCUCUAUCAAAAAUUAAAUAAAGAUUUUAUUGUAAAACA